AUGUCAACAAUCGGCACAACAACAAUUCAAACAACAGCACCAAACUCGUUAGUCAUGAAUCCAACAUCUAUGUUAGUAGAAAUGAAAAGCUUCAUUCCUUCUUCAUUUACUUUCGAAACAGAAAUACAAAGAAUAAAGCAGGAACUUUUAACAAGUAAUUUAGACUGUAGUGCGAAAGAUGAAACAAAUGAA